AUGACAACUGGGCCAACUUCAACUGCAUUGGUUGAUAAUGUACAUAGACUUUUAUCAGUUUAUGUACCAAACAAUAGCCGUGACACUUAUAAGAAUUUGUUGGCAUCGAUGAAUGUUAAAUCACAUGGAAAAAUAACUUUUUCUGAUUAUAAGUCCCAUCAAGCAGAUUUUAUUCGUAUACCAAAUGAUGCACCAGUUAUGCAAGUUCAAGAACUCUUGAAUCGACACUGGUGUGGUGGACGUCCAUCACUUGUGAUAUCGAUAACUGGUGGUGCAAAAGAAUAUAAUAUGAAACCAAGAUUAUUAAGAGCAUUUCGACGUGGCCUUCUUAAAGUUGCUCGAACAACUGGCGCAUGGAUUAUUACUGGUGGUAUGAAUACAGGUAUUAUGAAACUUGUUGGUGAGAUUGUUCAGAUAAAUCCGGAUCGUUCUCGACCAAUUCCUUUAAUUGGUAUUGCUACUUGGGGUUGUGUAUCCGGUCGUGAAGAUCUGGAAGUUAAUGGUGUAAGUGUACCUUAUACUAAAACACGUAGUAAUAAUACAAGAGGUGAAGCACCACUUGAACCAAAUCAUACACAAUUUAUUUUUAUUGAUGAUGAAAGUGUAAAAAAAUAUGGUCGAGAAAUAGCUUUUCGUGCUAAACUUGAGCAAGCUAUUUCUGGUGGAUUUUUUUCAUCAAAAACUACAACAAAUUCUGUAAAUCAAUAUGCAAGUUUAUGUACCACCUCAUCUUUACGACCAGAAAAUUCAGCUCCGGUACCUGUUGUUCUUCUUGUUGUCGAAGGUGGUCCAAAUACAGUUCGAACAGUUAAGGAAGCUGUUGUUGAAAACAAUAUUCCAGCUGUUUUUCUCGAAGGAACAGGUCGUUGUUGUGAUUUAUUUGCUAAAGCAUAUCGUCUUUAUAAUGAAUAUCGUAAAAAAAUUGAACCUGAUGAUGAAAUAGCAGCAAAUAUUGAUCCAAAUAUUCUAAAGAAACGUUAUGAUGACUUAAAAUCAAAACUUCGUGAAGAACUUAAAGAUGAACUUCGUGCAAUUAGUGGUUCAACUGAUACUCCAAAUCCAACGGAUAAUAAGGCACGUUCUAUUGAUACAACCGAUUAUUUUCAAUUAGUUUAUGACUGUGUUCAUACUCGAACAAAUUUUUUAAAUGUAAUCAGUCUUAAUUCACGCCAUACUGGUGAACCUGAUAUCGAUUUAGUUAUAUUACAAGCUCUAUUAAACGCUACUUCCGAUAGUCAUGGGGGUAAAAGUGUACAACGAAAGCGUGAACAACUUCAGUUAGCAUUAGAAUGGAAUCGUGUGGAUAUAGCUAAACAUGUUAUUAUGAAAAAUGAGGCAGAUUGGAAUAUUGAUUUAAACGAUUUAUUUUUAUUGGCACUUAGACGUAAUCAAGUAGAAUUUGUUAAAUUAUUUCUUGAUCAUGAUUUUUCAUUAACUGUUUUAUUUCGUGAUAUUAAUAAACUUCUUACACUACAGACAUAUAUAUUUUUGUUAGGUGCUGCAUUAAUUGCCACAUUAAUAUAUAAACGUCAUGCACGUACAGAGAAUGAUCAUGGUUACAAUCAAUCGGCUGAUGAAUUUGAAAAUUUAGCUGUACAAAUACUUGAGAAAUUUUAUCAGGCAAAUCCUAAAGCAUGUUUAAAAGCAAUUAUACGACAAAUUCCAGCUUAUGGUAAUGCAACUUGGUUAGAAUUUGCUGUUGCAGCUGAUGCUAAACAAUUUAUUGCACAUCGAGCUGUACAAGAUCUAUUCAAUGAUAUAUGGUUUGGAUAUAUUAAUGAAGCAACAACUCAUUUUACAAUUGUUUUUUCUACAUUUAUGCUUUGGUUUAGUGGUUUUCUUGGUUAUAAUAAGUAUUUAGUUACUGCAGAUGAUAAAACGGAACUUGAUGAUUCAAUUAAUAAAUCACAUUGUUUUGAAAGACAAACAUCAAAACAAAAGCGAAUAGAAGAUAGGAAAAGAAGUAGAAUUUCUCAAUACUUUUUCAAUAUUAUUACAUUUGUACGUGCUCCAUAUGUUAAAUAUCUUUAUAAUUUAUACGCGCAUUUGAUAUUUUUAUUACUAUUCUCCUAUGUGAUAUUAUGCGAUUUUUUUCCACUCUAUAAUUUUGGAACGGAUACAUGUGCACCAUCUAGUAAUUCAGUAAAUUAUAAAGAUUCUACUGCUGACAAGGAUGAUAAUGGACCACUUACAAGUCAUACGCUGACUGAAAGUUCAUCUAAUGCUACUAAAUCAGUUCCCUAUGGAUUUCAAAAACGUAAUCAGCCGUCUAUAACUGAAAUUAUACUUGUCGUAUGGGUUAUUACAUUAGUUUGCGAAGAAGUUCGACAGCUAAUUUCAAUAGAAGCACAAUCAAUACGAAAUGUUUUUACAGCUUAUUUUAAAAGUUUUUGGAAUAAAUUAGAUGUUUUGGCUAUAUUUUUAUUUUUUCUGGGUAUUGCACUUCGAUAUAUUCCCACAUCAGAAUGUUAUUGUGCGGCACGUAUUGUUUUAUCAUUUGAUUUAUCAAUUUGGUUUAUACGCACAUUGGAUAUGUUUGCUGCUGUAAAACGACUUGGGCCUAAACUUGUUAUGAUUGGCGCAUGGCUCAUUACUGGUGGUACAAAUGCAGGUAUUAUGAGGCUUGUUGGUGAUAUUGUUGGAAUGAAUUCCGAUCGUUUUCGACGUAUUCCUUUAAUUGGUAUUGCUACUUGGGGUUGUGUGUGUGAUUAUACAGAUCUUGAUGUACAUGGUGGAAAUGUAUAUUUUGGUAAAUCAAGUAGUGAUAAAAAAGGUGAAGCACCAUUGGAAGCCAAUCAUACAAAAUUUAUUUUUGUUGAUGAUGGAACCGCAAAAAAAUUUGGUGGAGAAAUAACUUUUCGUGCUCGACUUGAACAAGCUAUUUCUCGUGGAUAUUUGGAAUCAAGAAAAAUACUACAUUCUAGUAAUCCACAUGCAAGUUUAUCAGAACCUUCAUCUUUACAAUCAGAAUAUUCAGAUGCUGUACCUGUUGUUCUUCUUGUUGUUGAAGGCGGUCCAAAUACAGUUCGAACAAUUCAUCAAGCUGUUGUUGAAAAUAAUAUUCCAGCUGUUCUGCUUGAUGGAACAGGUCGUUGUUGUGAUUUAUUUGCUAAAGCAUUUCGUCUUUAUAACAAAUAUUAUGUUGAACUUAUUGAUGAAACAUUAGCAAAUGUUGAUCAAAGUAUUUUAACAAAAUGUCACAAUGAAUUAAAAAGUAAACUUCGUGAAGAACUUAAAAAUGAACUCCGUGGAAUUAGUGGUGCAAGAGAUAAACCAGCUACAUCGAAUACCAAUGCAAGUCUUGAUGAUAAAACUGAUUAUUUUGAAUUAAUUUAUGAAUGCAUUUGUACUCGAAAAGAUUUUAUAAAUAUAAUCAGUCUUGAUCCAGAUAAUCCAGUUGAACUUAAUAUUGAUUUGGUUAUAUUACAAGCGCUAUUAAAUGCUGCUUCUGCUAAUGAUAAUAGUAAAACAGAUAUUCAAAAAAAACGUGAACAACUUCAUUUAGCAUUAGAAUGGAAUCGUGUUGAUAUAGUGAAAAAUUAUAUCAUGAAAAAUCAUCGAGAUUGGGAAAAAAUUGAUUUAAAAGAAUUGUUUUUAUUGGCACUUAAACGUAAUCAAAUAGAAUUUGUUAAAUUAUUUCUUGAUCAUGAUUUUUCAUUAACUGAUUUAUUUCGAAAUAAGAAUGAAUUUCUUCGACUUUAUAUGAUGGACAAGAAAGAAAAUUUCGUUGAUCAAUUACCUCGUGAUGAUAAUAAUUCAAAUAAUGGCUUACCAAGUUUUUCUGCUAAUAGUAUACGAACUCGACGUGAAAUAGAUACGUUGUUACGUAUUAUGCUUGAUGCAGCACCUAAUGAUUCAGCCACUUUACCUGGUAUUAAGAGACCAAAGUUUUUAGACAAUCAUUUAACUCUUUCGAAUUCACUCUAUUCACCUGAAAUAUCUGAAGCAGCAGCUUGCUCGAACUUAUCAACAAUAGGACAAAGAGAUACACCGGUUGUUCCACAAUAUCCUUCGAUAAUUGUUUCAGCAACGGAAACAAAUAGACAAAUACCACAAUAUGAAUCGGCUAUGAGUACACCUUUGGCAUCAAACAAUGGACGUUUUCAAAGUAAUAUUAAUAAAUAA